UUGCUGCACAACUAAACUGCCCAAAUGGAGAACACAACAGCAAUCAGCAUGACGCCAUCGUCGCCGCUCCCACAUAGCACGGGCAUACAAGCCAGGUUCCUCCUCGUGCUCCUUCCCAUCAUCUCCUACGCCUUGCUAUUCGGUGCCCGCCGCGGCAAGAAACGGCCGGUGGCCGCCGCCAAUGCCAGCGGCCUGCCACCGUCUCCGUGGAGGCUCCCCGUCAUCGGCAACCUCCACCAGCUCGGCAGCCUCCCGCACCGCUCGCUGCGCGCGCUCGCGGCGGCGCACGGCCCCGUCAUGCUCCUCCGCCUCGGGCAGGCGCCCGCCGUCGUCGUCUCCUCGGCGGACGCCGCGCGGGAGGUGAUGCAGGCGCAGGACCACGUGUUCGCCAGCCGCCCGUCGCUCACCAUCCCCAGGAGGCUCCUGUACGGCUGUACCGACAUCGCCUUCGCGCCGCACGGCCCGUACUGGCGCGGCGCGCGCAAGAUGAGCGUGCGCCACCUCCUGAGCCCGGCCAGGGUGCGGGCCUACCGCGCCGUCCGGGAGCAGGAGGUGGAGGCGCUGGCCCGACGAGUCGCCGAGCAGGCGUCGUGCCGCGGCGGCGGCGGCGUCGUGCGCCUGAGCGAGCUCCUGAACGGCUUCGCCAAGGACGUGGCCGGUCGGAUCGUGCUCGGGCUGCGCGCCGACGGCGAUGACGGGUGGCGCGCCAAGGUGGACGCGCUGCUGGAGGAGAGCAACGUGCUGCUCGGCGCGUUGCACGUCGGCGACUACAUCCCGUGGCUCUCGUGGGUGAGCGCCGUCGACGGCACGGACGCCAGGGUGCGGAGGGCGUUCGAGAGGAUCGACCGGAUCCUCGACGAGGUCGUGGACGCGGCCGCCGGCAGGGAGAUGCCAUCGUCUCCGGGUGAAGAACAAACGGAUGCUGACGCCUUCAUCCACGUGUUGCUGUCGCUGCAGCAAAAGGACGCAGCUCCUGCUGCGACUGGGACAGCAGAGUGGCGCCUCAGCAGGGACAACGUGAAGGCUCUCUUGGAGGACUUGUUCGGCGCCGGGACAGAGGCGACGAUCAUCGUCCUCGAAUGGGCCAUGGCGGAGCUGCUCCGCAACAAGGGGGUCAUGAAGAAGCUGCAGCGCGAGGUGAGACGACAUGCUCGGAGCACCGGCGGCAGUGGCAGCAGCCACGGCAACAUGAUCGGCGAGAACGAUCUGCUGGGAAUGGAGUACCUGAGAGCCGUGAUCAAGGAGACGAUGCGGCUGCACACGCCGGGGCCCUUGCUGCUCCCGCACAAGUCCAUGCAGGCCACCCAGAUCAGCGGCGGCCGGUACGAUGUCCCCGGCGGCACCACCGUGAUCGUGAACGCGUGGGCGAUCGGCAGGGACCCGGCGGCCUGGGAGUCGCCGGAGGAGUUCCGCCCGGAUAGGUUCGCCGGCAGCGCCGUGGACUUCCGGGGCCGGCACUUCCAGCUGAUCCCGUUCGGCGCGGGGCGCCGGAUGUGCCCGGGGGUGAACCUCGCCAUGUCCGUGGUGGAGCUCGCGCUCGCCAACCUCGUGGCCCGGUUCGACUGGGCGCUGCCGGAGGGCGAGGCGGUGCAGCUGGACAUGGAGGAGACGACCGGGUGCACGUCGCGGAAGAGGGCUCCGCUCCGUGCCAUUGCCACGCAGCACUGUUUUUCCCCUAGCGUCUCUUUCUGAUAGCCAAGUGUCGAAAUCUGCUUGCAUUGCCAUCACGGGCAGCAUAGGUCAUCUUCGCCAAACCUGAGUUGGAAAAGUUUCCAAAUCGGGAAGCCAUGCUCGCCAAUAAACAAAAGCAAAAGAACAGCUUUAUUUCUGAAUACUCUCUUUGUUCCACU